AUGGAUAACGCGCAGCAGCGUCUGUACAGCUUCUCCAAGCCGCGAUCACAGUCAAGACCUUCAAAAGGCACUUCAGAUGAUGAAUCCCCUUAUGGAGACUCAAAAUUUAUCCAGAAACGUAAUUAUUCUCAGAAAUGGAAGGCACUGCCCUGGCAGUUCUCCCUGAGUGGCCACUUGUCCCCAUGGCCCACAUUCGCCAGUGGCCAGACUGUUCUGCAGAAUCAAAAGCCCUGUUCCGAUGAGUACCGGAAGCGACCUAGCUGGCAGCAUCAUCCCCUGGGCAUAGCCAAACCCAAGUACCUGGAGCAGCUAGAAAACUACCUACGCAAAGAACUUCUCCUGCUAGACCUGGGCACAGAUUCCACGCAGGAGCUGAGGUUACAGCCUUACAGAGAAAUCUUUGACUUCUUCAUAGAAGAUUUCAAGACCUAUAAGCCAUUGCUGUCCUCCAUCAAGAAUGCAUAUGAGCUGAUGCUGGCCUACCAAAGGGACAAGAUACGGACCCUAGAGCCCCUAAAGGCCAAGCUUGUCACUGUGAAUGAGGACUGCAACCAGAGGAUCCUGGCUAUGAGGGCUGAGGAGAAGAGUGAAAUCGCCACAUUGAAGAAUGAGAAGAUGAAUUUGCUAAAACUCAUUGACAAAAAGAAUGAGGAGAAGAUCUCAUUGCAGAGUGAGGUAUCCAAACUGAGGAAGAGCUUAGCUGAAGAAUACUUGCACUAUCUCAGUGAGAGAGAUGCCCGAAAGAUUCUCAUUGGGGACCUGAAUGAGCUACGGUACCAGCGGGAGGAUAUGUCGCUAGCCCAGUCUCCAGGCGUCUGGGGGGAGGACCCUGUGAAGCUGACACUGGCUCUGAAGAUGACCCGGCAAGACCUGACCCGCAUACAGAUGGAGCUCAACACCAUGAAGGCCAACUUUGGAGAUGUGGUACCAAGGAGAGAUUUUGAAAUGCAGGAGAAGACCAACAAGGAUCUUCAAGAGCAGCUGGAUAGCCUGAAAGCCGACUAUGAGGAGGUGUGCAAGGAACAUGAGUUAUUGCUGCAGUCACACAUGAUGACGCUGAAGGAGCGAGACCAGUUCUCAGCUGAGCUGCAAGAGAUCCAACGCACCUCUACACCCCGACCUGACUGGACCAAGUGUGAAAAUGUGGUGGCUGGGGGCUCAGAACGGUGGCAUAUACUGGCAGAGGGCAAGAACAGUGACCAGCUGGUGGAUAUACUCCUGGAGGAAAUUGGCGAGGGCCUGCUCCGAGAGAAAGACUUCUUCCAGGGUCUGGGCUAUGGGGAAGAUGUCCCUGUUUUCCUUCAGUGUGAAGGCAAUGUGGAGAACAAGAAGCCAACUAAAAAGUUUGUGGUAAAACUCCUCAAGGAUGCCUGGAAGGAACGGCUCACAGAUGAGAAAAAGAAGUUCCAAGAUUUCUUCAUCAGUUUCUUGGAGCAUCAUUUUGGGCCCAGUGAGGCCAUAGCCUGGGCUUACACCAUUUUUGAAAAUAUCAAGCUCUUCCGUACCAAUGAGGUCAUGAGUCAGUUCUAUGCAGUCUUGAUGGGCAAGAUGUCCGAGAGUGUAUAUACCAACUACAGGGAUACAGUAGCCCAGCUGCAAAAGGAGAUGAAGAAUGCUGACAGUCAAAAUGAAGGGUUACUAACCAGUGAGCAGUUCAGCAACAUUCUUAAGACCACCUUCCCCCUCAAAAAGGACGAUGCAAUUCAGGAGCUGAUGGAGGCAGGGGGCUGGCAUGUUGGCAACAUUGCAGAUGUGUUAAAUUACCCUUUUUUGUUUAUGGAGAGUGAGGAGGGCCAGAGUGAGCCCUUUGUGCAAAAGCUGUGGGAACAGUAUAUGGCUGAGAAGGAAGAAUACUUACAGGAACUAAAGCAGCAGCUGGGCCUGAAACUCAAUCAGGAGGUGACACUAUCCAAGCUACGAAAGGCCCUGAUGACCAUUGACCCCAGCCUAGACAAACAGACACUGAGUGCCUAUCUGAGCCAGGCCUUCCAGAUUCCUGAGUCAGAACUGCCAGAUUUGGACAAAGAGAAGGAAGAGGAGGAGGAGGAAGAGGAAGAGAGCAGUGCAGUAGAGCUCCAGAAGGUACUGGAGCGACUUCACAUUGCUGACAUCAAGCGCAUGGGGCCUCGAGAGCCAGAGCCCACAAGCUAGAUCAUGAUGGGCAACACUGAGUGUUCCAGUGAUAACUCCAUUUUUAUUAUAAAACUGUUCAUUCCA